AUGCAAACGCUCAAAGACCUGACGAGUUCACUGCAUGACAGUGCAAGCCUGCAGCGAUUGCGGGACAAUCUGAAUGAGCUUCCGAAAAGGUGGCUGGCCCGAGUUGAGCAGCCAGAGGACUACCUUCUGGGCAGUGUGCGUGGUGAAUGCAACUAUCACUUCAAGUUCCGUUUAGAAGGUGGCGGUUAUUUCCAGACCGGCGUGCUGGUGGCGUCUGCAGAGGAAAAGCCGAAGGACGGACACUUGGCAAUCGUGUCUGAACCGCAGCCGUCAUGCUUCCAAGCUUUGUUGAUCCAAUUCGAGCCUCGCAGACCCAAGGCGUCGAUGCUUCCUCUUCGCUCCUGCCAUCGGCAGGUCAGAUGCUUGCCACGCAGGAUAGCGUGCGAUUUCCUGAGAAGGGCUUCAAACACCUCUGCCCCAAGGCCUUUGGAAACAUGGGAAGAGGUGGAGCUGCACCGACCAAAGGCUCCCACGCUGGAAGGCUACGUCCGACCUGUUGGGGCUCCCGAACAGCUUGAUAUUCCAAGAGAGCAGUACCACCAGUUUAUGAUGGGGAAGCCAGCAAGAUAUUCAGUUGAGCUCAGGAAUUUUCUCAUGGGGCUCGGCGUUGUCAGCUUCUGCUUCGCAGAGUUUGCCUUCACUGUGUACAAGCUGCGCCCGGAUGACCUCGACUGGGUGGAUGAAGAGCGGAAGCGAGCCGCUGCAGCCAAAGCUCGGAUCGAGGCACGCAUCGCCAAGCAAGAAUCCCAAGCCUCCAACGAGUAA